CUUUGGCAUAUAAGUAUAUCCAGAAUUCUAACAUUGCAUGUAUGCUUCCACGGACGACAGACGUGUUGUUCAUUCCACUGUGAUCUUUUUGCAGCUUUUUAGUUUUCUUUUUACCUUCUUUUUUAUCUGAUGCUGUAGUUUUUACGUCGUUGAAGCAGUUUUUUAUCGUGUCUCAUUUGAACCUGGUCUCGGAUGUAUUAAACUUUUUUUGAGCAUUUUUAUUGAGCUUCCUUUCCUGUUCUGUGGUGGGCGACGUUGGAACAUUCAAGAUGGCGGCCGGCAAGGCGGGAAAAUUCGGCGUACAUCUAUGGACAUUUGGGUUACUGAGUGUCUGUGUGCUCCUAGCUACAAGUCUGUACAACACUUAUCAUAACUUCUGUGGUAUCCUUAUCCCAGUAUUGACCAUCCAGCAGCAGUCAUCAGGUGGGACCUCUCCUAAUCAUUCCCCCCCGUUCAAUUACCUUCGUGAUAUGCAAUUUUGUUAUCUGCAAGCAUGACAAGCAGGCAUAUCAUUAUUAGCAUCAUAACCAGGAUGAUGUCUCUGAUAACAGUGAUAUGCGGUGCUUAGCUGAACUUGAAUAGUUUUCAAAUGUUUCUGCUGAAAGUGUUUACGUGGGAAACAAAAUUGUGUUUUGCAACAUCAGCCCUCACGUUCUUAGGCAACCUGAACUUUUGAUCUCGCAACUGCUCCUGCACUUAAUGGAAAGCGUGGCAAAAGAAACACGUUCGUGGGAUGUGACAUUCUUUCCCCAAGUUGCACACUGAUCAGUAUGCACUUUUACCUUUCGGUGAAAAAUAACUCCAGAUCAUCCCUGUGUAAGCUGUCUAUGUUGUUACAAGUAUGUGUGAUGUUAUGCUUGUCUGGUGAUGUUUAUCCUAACCGUGGACCCGGCUGCACGUAUCCAUGUGGUAUCUGCAACAAAGCUGUCAAUUUGGCCAGGAUAUGUUGUGAUCACUGUAACAUAUGGAUGCACCGCGAGUGUAUCCCCAUGAGUGAGGACAUGUAUCGGAUUCUUGCUGAUCACUCCAGUUUAUCAUGGACAUGCCUCUCCUGUGGCAUCCCCAAUUUCAGUUCCAGUUUAUUUUGGCAAUCUAGUUCAUCCAGCUUCUUUGAUAAAAACUUAUUUUCCAUCUUGAGCGACUGUAAUGCAGUUCAUGACAUUAUCUUAAGCCUGUCAAAUACAAGUCUUACUCGGUCUUCAGGAAAAUUCAGCAGGCCUAAAGCCGCUUCCUCCCCACUUCCUAAAUCAGCCAGUAAACUCCCAAAGCAAACAGCUUCCAAAAUUAACACCAACAUGCGUGUUGUGAUCACAAACUGUAAUGUCGUUCUUGGGAAGAAAGAGGCAUUUGCCGAGACGGUAAAGGAUUCCAAUCCCCAUAUCAUCUUAGUGACAAAAUCAUGGCUUAAACCUGGUAUUAAUGAUAAUGAGUGCAUUCCAGAUAACUAUAGAAUCUUCAGGAAAGACAGAGAAGGGAAAAUGGGAGGCAGUGUCGUCAUUGCUGUAAGGAAAGAUUUGAUCCCAACGCACCUUGAGUUUUUGGAUGUAGAGGCAGAGAUGAUAUAUGGGUUUCUAUCCAGAUGGCUAACUCCAAGCCAAUUUACAUCGGCUGUUUUUACUGCCCACCUAACCAAGGAUCUGAUAUUAUCCAAAAACUCUGAAAUUCACUGGGAAAAACUGGACUUGAAGAAGAACCCUACAGUUUCGAUUGGGGGUGAUUUUAAUGUACCAGAUGUCAACUGGGAAGUGCUUUGCUGAAAGUUCAGCUCUGAAUGCAACUACCCAGCUGAAUUAACUACUGAGCUCCUGAAUUUACUUGAUGAUAUUUCUCUUGUUCAACUUGCAGAUGAGCCUAAUCAUAACCAGCAAAGAAGAUCACAUAAUGUGCAGAAUAUCCUCAACUUGUUCUGUAUUUCAAAUCCAUGCUGCUUCCAUCCCCUCAAGACCGAGCCUGGUAUUUCUGAUCAUUUCAAAGUCAUCGCAGAUGCUGAAGCUAGACCUUGUGUCCAGAGUUGUGAGAGAAGGCGGAUUUAUUAUUGGCACAAAGCAGACAGGGAUGGCCUAAAGGAAAGCUUGAACCAGUUUAGAGAAUAAAUGCACCCAAAAAUCAAUCGAUGAAAACUGGCAGAGGGGUCUACGAGAUACAGUUGGUGAACAUGUACCCUCUUCGCUGAAGUCUUCAAGAUUCAAUCUUCAUUGGCUAACCAGAUCACUCAAACGACUGAUACGAAAGAAGAAUAGGGCCUUCUAUGCUGCAAAAUCAUCCAACACCGAUCGACUAUGGAAACGGUACAAAGCACUCAGGAAACAAGUCCAAUGUGACUUACAGAAAGCUGAACAACAGUAUCUCUCAACUAUCUUUGAGUCACUACAGACAAAUGUCAAGAAGUUUUGAUCCUUCAACAAAUGCCGUAGACGGGACACAUGUGGUAUCACCGCACUUUGGAGCCAAGGUUCGUUGGUGAGCGAUGCAUCCAGAAAAGCCGAGGUACUUAGUAAACACUAUGAGUGAGCUUUUAUCUUUACUACGCAAGACACCUCUCUUAUCCAAUCUCUUGGGAAGAGUCCAUUCCCAGAGGUGCCAAAUGUCACAAUUGACAUGGUAUUACAAAGAUUCUAAAAGAACUCAAUGUUAAUAAAGCCCCUGGACCAGAUGGAAUCAGCGUCCAUGUGCUGAAAAUGUGAGCAGAAGAAAUUGCUCCGAUGCUUCAGAUCCUGUUCACACACAAAGCAUAACAACCGGGAAGCUUCCAAGGGACUGGCAAUGUGCCAAUGUAUCUGCAUUAUAUACAUUGUAAAAAGGGUAGCAGGACAGACCCAGCCAACUACAGACAAGUUUCGCUCACAUCAGCGAUCUGCAAGUUAUUGGAACACAUCCUUUACCGUCAUGUUAUGAAUCGUCUUGAGAGAUUUGAUAUCCUGAGUGACCACCAGCACGGUUUCAGGUCGCGCCGGUCCUGUGAAACCCAACUAUUAUCUACCAUUCAUCACAUUUUUAGCGGUGCAGACAAAGUCAAGCAAGUACAUGCCGUCAUUUUAGAUUUCGCAAAGGUAUUUGAUACAGUUCCCCACAGACACUUGCUUCACAAGAUGAAAUUGUACAGUCUGUGUGGCUCACUGCUCUCCUGGGUAUCAGAUUUUCUCACAAAAUGUGACCAAACUGUUGUUCAGGAUAAAUCGUCCAAACCGGUCCAUAUAGCCUCAGGUGUUCCACAGGGCACAGUGCUGGGGCCACUCCUUUUCCUGUGUUACAUAAACCACCUUCCUGAUGGUACCUCUUCCAAGGUUUUCCUGUUUGCAGAUGAUUGCUUAAUCUAUUAGACCACGGGGCAUGGCCGAUUAUCUUGCACUUUCUUGGCCCACCUCGUGGAUCUAUGUACUUUUUCGGAAACCUCUUCAGAAUGAUGAUAGGAAACUCAAAACUAAAAUCCGCAAUUCCGGCGUGUACCAGUUUUUGCAAAAAGCGCCACCAAAAAUUUCAAUUUUUCACGUUGUUGGUGUAGGAAAGCGUGACGUGAAAAAUUACGUCAUCGUUUUUACAUGGCCAAUCAAUGAGACUUUUAGGGCAAGGCAUGGUACGUCAUUAUGGUUCGACCAAUAGCAGAAGCUGUACGUACAGUAAGUUGUUUUAGGUACCGGUACAACAGCAAAAUGGCCGACAUCUUGAGCUCCUCGGAUGACGAUUCGGGUGAAAAACAGUGCAUUAUGCACGUUUCAGAGUCCAGAUUGAGGGUUUUGCCUUUCUCUAAGAAGAGCUGGAUGACGUUCCUCGAGUGUGCCGGCCGGUGGAAAAAUGGGCAAAUUUCGACAGAGGCUAAAAUCGUUGAAAAAGCAGAGAUGAAUCUCGGCUUGUCUGUCACGUCCGGUGCACACGUACAUGACGUUGAAUUAGAAGACAUCGUGCUGUCAAAGGUAGGCCUAAGCCCUAACACUCCCGAUUAUCAACUGUUUAAGCUAGCCUUUAUCUGUUUGUAGGGCAAGUAUAUUUUUUUCGUCAUUUUGAUACAUCCCCGUCAAUAAAUGCACAAGCUUACUAUAGGCAGGAGUUAUUUGAGUCCGUUCCUGACUUUAAAAUAAAUUCACGUGUUUAUCACUAACAAUAGUAACACUGACUAAAGUCACGAAAGUGUCAUUGACCACCAUGAGCAUGACCACUCUGGCUGCAACUUGUAUUCUUAUGCAGGGUAGGCUACAGUACAACCACAAUGUACAUUAUACAUUUUGCACGGUUCCAAGUGAAUGCCUUUUAACUAUUGGAAAAAGCUCCAUAUAGGCCAAAAAAGUUAAUUCAUUUUCCUCUUUAUUAAUCAAUCAGUCCAUAGAAAUCAAUUACAGGUCAGAAAAGUCAAUUUUAGCGCUGAGAGAGUACAAGCAUUUUCAAUGAAAGCAGGAUUUUUCAGACCAGUCUCAUGCGGUUUGUAAAACAGGAUGUCAAGUGAACUUCGUAUAUGGAACUCUUUCUUAAAAUUUUUUUACCUUGAUAAUGAUAGGCCUUGGUUGUAGUAGUCCGUCCUUUCUAGGCCUAAUAUUGUAAUAACAUUUAAUGCUACCAAAUCUUUUUUAAACACAGGGAUUUGGCUGAUACUCGCUUACUUCUUCACUGUUUGUACAUCUCAAGGAUCUCAUCCAGUAACGUUACACAUCACAUCAUCAUCAAAAGCCCCGACACCGAUGUUUUUAUUAUGGCACUCCACUUCAGCAGAUCCAUGAAAUCACCGUUGCUGUUUCAUACAAGCAGGGAAAAAUUUACGCACCAUAAACAUCUCUCAAGUGAGCGAGGGUCUUGGAGCAGACAGAAAAGAAAUGCUAAUUGGGCUGCAUUGUUUGACUGGAUGCGACUCCACCAGUGGGUUUCAUGGGAAAGGCAAAGCAACACCUGCGAAAAUGGAAGCCAUCAAGUACCCAGUCUUGAGAAGAAUUGGUGACGACUAUACAGUGACGACGGAGAUAAUUGCAGGAGUUGAGGGGUUCGUCUGUCAUCUAUACAAACAGUUGGAUUGUUCUGAUGUGAACAUCGCAAGGUAUGUGUUGAUCUGCAUUACAAGGGAACCGUGAUGGAGUUAUCAAUGCCUCCAAACAAGGAUGCCUUGUGCCUUCAUGUCAAGAGGGCAAACUACCAAGCAGCCAUAUACAAGAGAGCCCUGGAUCCGCAUCCUGUGGUACCGUCGCCACACGAACAUGGAUGGAAGAUCAACGGCAAUGACAUUUCAUGGAUGGAUCUUCCACCUGCUCCUAACAGUGUUAUGGAAUUUGCCCAUUGUUCGUGCAAAAAAGUCAGUGUGCCAAAGGAAAAUGUAGCUGUCUUGAAAAAACUUGCCAUGUACCGACUUGUGCAAAUGCAGCAACUGUGAGAACGUGCAAAGUGACGAGCAGUGUACUCUGCCAGAAAGUGAUGAUUCCGUUGUUGACGAGUACCCUUAACCCCUUACAGCCUUCUACCUAAAUCCUGCAAUUGUUGGCCUGAAUUAAAUUUUACUUAACAGAGGUGUGCCCUGUGUCUCCGUCCUUCCAAAAUUAUCAGCUAUCUUUGUGUUUAGGCAGUGCAAGUGGCAUUCUAAAGCAGGGUGGCUGCUUCCAAAAUAAAUUGGGGAUGGAAUUAAAUGUAUGCAGGAGCCCCUUACUGCAAACCUGCCUGUAGUUUGGGAAUUUAGACCAAAUGAUUGAAGAAAUCUGUAGUCUUUGCUUGAUCCAGUUUGCGAAUGAGGCAUGUACAUCAUCAUUCAUUGAUAUCAAUGUCAUGAUGACAUGGACAGUUUUUAAGUUUCCAGUUCAAUUUGAUAAUUUGCCAACAGAUGUAUACUUUCAGUUUGGUGUUUGCGAAUCAUGAAGCAUUCCUUUCAUUUAGGUACCAUGAACCUGCAGAGUUUUGGAGGUGUUACAUUUGAGAUAUCAUAAUUACAAAGGAAAAAACACGGAUGCAUUCCUGAUGACUGCUAAAGUUUGUGCAUGUGAUAAACUAUUCCCUUUUAGAUUAACCAAGAAAUAUUAAUGUCAUACUGGUUACACUGAUAGUCAGUGUCAGCAUGUGUAUUUCAGUAUACGGAAAAGCAACUUCUUUCAAUUUGAAAUAUGACUUGUGUUUUUAGUAAUGUGGAAGCAAGUGUUUUCGUCCUUAUUGAAAUAUGGAGUGAAGUUCUGGGUUUAUGAAGUACAAGUACAACCGAAUAAAAGAAUAAAUGAAUUUUUUUGAAAACAUUAUGUAUUAUGCAUGCUCAAAACUUAAUUUAACAAGGAAAUACAUUUUCAAUUUAAAGACUUUGAUGCUUGAAGAGUGAGAAAACUUCAAUGGGAAUGGAAUUUUGAUAAAUAUACCUGAUACUUUGCAAUCGACACUUUAGGACAAGGUUUACUACCUCAGCAGACACUCACAGUCCCUUUUCAGCAAGCAACAGCAAUACCAAAACUUUCUCAAUAGAAAAUGUACCUGGUUUUUCUUAUCCCGACCAUUAGAGGGUGCCCUUUUACAUCAAUAAUUAAAAUACAAAUAUUUAAAUAACUGGUGAACUUGGGAUUGUGGAUUUUGACUUUUUAUGAUUCAUAAGGUCUAAACUAACGAUUGGCAGUGAUUCCACUUAGAUCCGAAAGGUGCGCCAAGGAAGGUGAUUUCUGAGCGCAUUUUGCUGCCAUGCCCCGUGGUCUAAUAUCGUCCUAUUGAAGAUAGAAACGACUGCCUUGCCCUCCAGAAAGACCUCCACAAGCUUGAAAAAUGGAAAAGAACCUGGCAGAUAAACUUCAAACCAGAGAAAUGUAGCAUCAUCCGGUUCACAAGAAAACGGUCUUCGACUCAUUACAGUUAUUCACUGUCUGGUAAUAAGCUAUCAGGAACAAACCAUCAUAAAUACCUUGGUGUUAUCCUUUCAUUUGACAUGAAAUGGAAUCAGCAUAUAGAUAUAGUCACAGCGAAAGCCAAUAGUGUCAUCGGGUUCCUUCAUAGAAACCCGAGUAAUGCCCCAGAUCAUGUAAAAGCCCAGGCUUUUAAGAGGGUGGUUCGACCCCACCUUGAGUAUUGUAGCUCUGUAUGGGCUCCGCAUACAAAGAUUGAGGCUGUCCAGCGCAGGGCGGUGCGUAGUAUCAUCCAAGAUUAUAGUAGGACCAGCUCUGUUACAGCAAUGCUAGAAAAGCUCAAACUUCCCCUCCUUCAGCAGAGAAGAGGGUACAGCAGCUUAGUCAUGCUACACAAAGUCAUUCAUCACAGUGUUGAUCUGGACAUAAGAGAUCUCCUUGACUUGCAAGAACCUCCAUCAUCUCGCACACGAAUGAACACUAGGAGCUGCAAGACAAAUCAACUUGUCAUCCCACAGUCUGUGUCACAAUCCCAUCUUCAUUCAUUCUUUCCUAAGAUGGCAAGAGAUUGGAAUAAGCUGCCAACACUUCUAUUGAGAAGUUAUCUAGCUUCAAAACAGCACUGCAAAACCAUCUACGGCUGGAGUGAACAACCCCCGAGUUCUGUUCUGAGUGAUGCUCAUUUAGAGCUUGUCAGACUAUUCAUCCAGAUCCAGACUAUAUUUACACAUAUAGUCCUGUACUGACAGGUGCAUGAGAUGCCUGGCCUUGUAAUUNGGGAAGGCUUGGGUGCAUCAUUAAUUACUUCAGAUGAGAAGGUAAAAUCCCAGUCUUUCUUGCUAGAAUGUCAAACUUUGGGAUACACAUGUACAUGUAAUUAAGUAUUUCAAGAUAUCUAAUAUUGCAUGUACACGAUAGUCUCAUACUGACAUGUGCAGCUAAUAUGCAAUGCCCUUGGCUGGUUCCCUGUCCAGUCACACACUGCUUGCUACAAAUAGUUGGUAGCGCAGCUCGCACUCUGUGGCGUGACACAAAAGUGGCAAAACAGCCGUCAGCGGGGCAAUAUUUAUCUGGAGUGGGAAAAUGGCAACAAAAAUGCAUAAUUUUCUUCAAACGAGGAAAAGGCAAGUUUUCUGCAAUCAGCAUCCUCGGGAUAGUUCACCCCCUAAGUAGUGAACAUACAUGUACCGGUGCAAUUUCAGCUCAUAAAAUCAACCAGAUGUUUAGGUAUGCCCCUGGAUUUCCUAGACAAGGCUUUUCAAAAGUAAUCCCUAUGAAUCAGGACAGGGCCCAGAAUAUGACAGAGGAGUAUACGUCAGGCCCUGUUUACGGGUCUACCUUCCAGGUGGCCUUCCUGUACAUUUGUACAUCCAUGAUCAUAUAGGCCUGCAUCAUACAUGACAAAAAUGUCGAGUUUACACACUUGCUACUGUCACUGUAUACUGUACUGAAUUCCAAAGCCUUUGCAAUUACAUCAAUCACGUACUGUAUGUACAUGUAGGACUAUUGACCUGAUUGCCAGUUCUGUUUUGUUUUUUUUUUGAAGUGCGAAAUGAACGCUUUGAAAAUGUACCCACAGUGAAGACAGUAACUAUUAACGUUACGCCUGCUUUUCUGAAAAUAAGUAUGAUGUAUGUAUAUUUAGAGUAAUACUAGAAUUCAUCAAUCUUGAAGAACUUCUUAUGUGGGAUGUGGGAUUUUCAGAGAUUUGUUCAAGUGUGCCACAAAGAGGGAACAGUCAGCUGAAUUCGUGCCAAUUUCUGGAUGCUGUCCAGUUUGAAUUUCAAGUUUUUAAAUCUCAUGACACCAAAAUUGUUCACAGAGGGG